GUAGUUUCCACUCCUUGCUACCAUUAUUUGUAUAAAUACUCAAUAUUAAAUAGUGUUCUAUAACUUUCUAAGGCUUCUAUUAUCAUUGGUUGAUUCUAGAUAUCUCCACUCAUUCAUUAAACUCAAUCACUGAAAAUGGAUUUAAGGGGUAGUCCACCAUACAUGGUAGUGUUUACAUUAUCAUUCAUGUUGAUCAUCAGCCAUACGAUGGGAGAAUCAGCACAAGAGAAACAAAAAUGUGCAGAACAACUCACAGACCUUACAACAUGUCUUCCAUAUCUUGGUGGAAGUGCCAACUCACCUACAUCAGAUUGUUGCAGUGGUCUCAUACAAUCCACCAAGAACAACAAGAAAUGCAUAUGCAUUAUUAUUAAAGACAGAGAUGACCCUGACCUAGGUUUAAAGAUUAACAUUACUCUUGCUCUUGGACUUCCUUCUCUUUGCAAUACACCAGAUAAUUUUUCCCAGUGCUCUUCACUUCUACACUUGGAUCCUAAAUCAAGUGAAGCUCAAGCUUUUAACCAGCUACGACAGAACUCCAAUGGUGCUAACUCCAUAAGUCCUGCUACCAGUCCUUCAGCCGAAGGAAGUUCCCAACACAGUAGAAACCAAGGAACAGAUGAAACAGUAACAACAAAGAACGGUGCCCCUUUUAAAGGAAAGAGUCUGUUGUAUAGUUUAGUAGCUGGGCUUUUAGUUUUAUACUUCUGACCUUAGCACACAUAUAUAUUAUCAUAUCAAUAUAUUAUCGUUUGCAUAUCAAAUCGAAAUGUAAACACUCUAGACUACUAUCAUAUCUAAAUCAUGUAAUAAUCAAGUAAAUGAUCAAAUUUUCCCAUGAUAGGAAAAUUACAUUUGACCUCCAAUAGCAAGUUAUUACUUGUUUCUUAAAAAUUACACUUUUCUCACCUUCAAACUUAAA